GUUUCCUCUUCUUCUUCCUCGCUCUCGCCUCCGUCACGGUUCCUUCACACUCUCUCCAUCUUAUCAAUCUCCCCAGGUUUGAAAAAUGGGAACUCCAGAGUCUUCCCGAGAGCCCUGCCCUGACCGUAUCCUCGACGACAUCGGCGGGGCCUUUGGCAUGGGAGCUGUAGGAGGAGGAGCCUUCCAUUUCAUCAAAGGAACUUACAACUCACCCAAAGGAAGCCGCUUUAUCGGAGGCAAGCAAGCGGUGACGAUGAACGCUCCUCGUGUCGGUGGUAGUUUCGCUGUUUGGGGAGGUCUCUUCUCCACUUUUGAUUGCUCCAUGGUGUAUCUCAGGCAAAAGGAGGAUCCUUGGAACUCUAUCUUUGCAGGUGCUGCCACUGGUGGGUUUCUAGCUAUGAGGCAGGGGCCUAGUGCGUCUGUUAGGUCUGCGCUUUUCGGUGGGGUUUUGCUGGCUUUGAUUGAAGGGGCCGGGAUUGCUUUGAAUAAGUUGAUGGCUCAGCCUCAGCAGAUGCAAAUGGAGGAAGGGAUGAUGCCUGGGAUGCCGCCUGGGGUGCAGAUGGGGCAGGUGCCUGGGAUGCAGCAGAUGCCGAGUCAGGGACAGGGACAGGUGAUGCAAGAGAGUAGUGAUUCGUCGUCGUCGUGGUUGGGAGGUUUGUUUGGUAAGAAGAAUGAUGAGGCGCAGGUGCAGACGAGUAGUGGAAGUGAAACUAAGGUGUUGGAGAGUUUUGAUGCGCCUCCAGUGCCAUCAUUUGAGUACAAGUAAGCUUUGAUGGGUGGAUCCUCUCUUGUUCAUCUCAAUCGUUCGUUGCCUGCUACUCUUCAGGAGUGUGUUCUGUUUUGUGGUAGUCCAUGUAUACCUCGUUUGUUUCUGCAGAACUAUAUACUUGUUCUUGGAAGAAUGAGUUUGUCUUAACAAUUAUGUUUUUACGUUCUUUGUGCUUACUGUGAAACCAUUCCACAACUAUUUAUUUGUUGGGUUUUGAAUAAACGUAGUAUUAGAUUUUUCAUAGUGGGAAUGUUUGAGCAAUGAAAAUGAGUUCAUUUGGAGGA